AUGGCCCGCCAGCCCACACGAUCCCGCCACCGUCCACAUCUCCAUGACCCUGGACUACUCAACCCCAUACCUCCGUGGCUCCGUCGCGGCGGUGUUCUCCGUCCUCCAGCACUCCACCUGCCCGGAAAACACCUUCUUCCACUUCGUCACCACCACGCGGGGCCAACCUUUCCUCCACCUCAACUCCACCAUCACCUCCACUUUCCCUUACCUCCGUUUCCGCCUCUACCACUUCAACCCAACUCUGGUCAACCACCUAAUCUCCUCCUCCAUCCGCCGCGCACUCGACCAGCCCUUGAAUUACGCCCGCAUUUACCUCGCCGACAUCCUGCCCGCCGCCGUGAACCGCAUCAUUUACUUCGAUUCCGACCUAAUCAUCGUCGACGACAUCUUCAAAUUGUGGAACAUUAA